UAAAAAAUGUCAACUUUAUGCUUUAUUGAAUAGUCUUACGGAAGUGGAGUUAGUAAAACUUCGUGCUCUGGUCUCUGUUUAAUUUUUGGCGUCUCUUUUCCAAUAGAGAAUCGUCAAAACAGCUUACGAGGUUUUUGAUUGCUUUCUACGGUUUCAUAAAGAUGUGAACUUUGUCUUUCUUUCUCUCACAGUCUCUGAUAGAUUCUUAGCUCUUGUUUUUGGAAAAAAAAAAGAUUGUAGAUUUUUCUCUCCUGGUGUUCUCUGUUUUCAAAAUGGGUCUGUGUAGUUCGAGAAUUAAUAAGGUCACGACGAGGAAUGAAACUGAGAAAACAAGCGCCGCCACUACCACGGUGGAGAGACAAGGCUCCGGGGGGCGGCUACGGAGGGAGAAAGAUUUAACUAGCGGCGGCGUAAUCAAUGAGGCUGAGCAGUUGGUGGGUCGGGUUGUUGGCAACGGUUCGAGUGAAAGUGCUUGUCUUUAUACACAACAAGGCAACAAAGGAACUAACCAAGACACCAUGGUUGUCUGGGAGAAUUUCUGUUCAAGAAGGGAUACAGUGUUAUGCGGUGUAUUCGAUGGACAUGGUCCGUUUGGUCAUAUGGUUGCAAAGAGAGUCCGAGACAUGUUACCUUUCACUUUAUCAACCCAACUGAAAAAGAUUUCAGGGAGGGUCCUCGAGCCUACUACUUGCAAAGAAGAAGAAGAAGAGCAAUGGUGUGAGUUACAGCCAAGUGAGAAAGACGAGAAGCUACCACUUCCCGAAAUGUAUCUCCCGCUGAAACGAGCGUUGCUCAAGACUUGCCAACAGAUGGAUAAAGAGUUAAAAAUGCAUCCAACUAUCAACUGUUUCUGCAGCGGAACAACUUCUGUUACCGUCAUCAAACAGGGUAAGGAUCUGGUGGUGGGGAAUAUUGGUGACUCGAGGGCUGUUCUUGCGACAAGAGACGAAGACAAUGCUCUCAUGGCUGUACAGUUAACCAUAGACUUAAAACCUGAUUUGCCAAGUGAAUCUGCAAGAAUCCAGAAAUGUAAAGGUAGAGUGUUUGCCUUACAAGAUGAGCCUGAGGUUGCACGUGUGUGGUUACCAAACAGCGAUUCACCUGGUCUGGCAAUGGCUCGAGCUUUUGGUGACUUCUGUCUUAAAGAUUACGGUCUAAUCUCUGUUCCGGAUAUCAACUACCGCCGUCUCACUGAAAGAGAUCAGUUCAUUAUUCUAGCCACAGAUGGGGUCUGGGAUGUUUUGUCGAACAAAGAGGCUGUUGAUAUUGUGGCUUCAGCUCCAAGUCGAAGCACUGCAGCUCGUGCUUUAGUAUGCACUGCUGUUCGAGCGUGGAGGCUCAAGUAUCCUACUUCCAAGAACGAUGACUGCGCUGUAGUAUGUCUCUUUCUCGAAGAUUCCUCGGCGGAAGCAUCCAUGGAAGCUUCGGAAACCGUUGUUCAUUCACGCAAAGAGUCUAUAGAGAGUGUCACCAUCACAUCAAGCAAAGAUGGAGAGAAGAAAGAAGAGGCUUUACCAGAGACCGAUGAGAUUGUACCUGUUUUAGAGAUCAAGGAAGAAAAAACGUCUGAGAGGAUUGAGUCCAAGAAGACAACACUUGCCGAAUGUAUAUCUGUCAAGGAUGAUGAAGAGUGGUCGGCGUUGGAAGGCUUGACAAGAGUCAACAGUCUCUUGAGCAUUCCUAGGUUCUUGUCUGGUGAGCUAAGAUCAGGUAGCUGGAGAAAAUGGUUGUGAGUAUGCAUGCAACACUCAGAGAAGUGAUCAAACAAACAAACAAACAAUCACUGAUUUUCAUUUCAUGAUUGGUUUUUUCUUUUCCAAUGAUGACAUUAAAAUCAGUGUUAGCAAAUGUCACAGACGAGUUUAUUGUGGAAGAUGUCUUUUAGAUAUAC